CCUUAACAGCGACGGCCAUCUGCCGCCUCUUUUUCAAUUUGAAAGCCAGCAGAUUAUUUCCCACAGAUUCACAGCUCCACUUAACACAGCCGAAAUACCGUCUCGAAAGGGCAGCUGCGCAGAACGGAGCCCGCUCUCUCAUCUUGCGCUCAGCCAACGAGGGUCGGGGCCGUUUGCAUGCAGCCCGUCUGCGGAGACAGACUGCAGGCUCAUAAAGACGAAGCGGAUUUGAAUUAAGCACCAGAUAACAGACAGCAACUGUGCAUCCUUCGGAGAGGGAGGGAGAGAGGGAGGCAACUGUUUUGUAUCUUGGAAGCCCUGGGUUAGGAGAGGGGGAGGAGGAGGAGUGGAGAAUGAGCUAUUCUUGUACCAGCAGAGGCAACAGCCAGGACCCAUCAAGCGCUAAGAAGCCUGCCGGUAAUAAUCCAGGCAGAGAUACCGGAGGCACAGACAGCAGCACUGACCGCAGCAGUAACGGCAGCCCGAAACAAACGGCGGCGAUGAAAGUGAAGAAAGGCUGCAACUCGACCGACGUGGGGGUCCCGCUGACCAUGGAGGAGGACCUACUCGGCAGUACGGGGAUCACUCCGGAGGAUGUUCUGGGGUUGCAGAAGAUCACAGAGAAUUAUCUCUGCAACCCGGACGAGAACGUGUACAACAUCGACUUCACCAGGUUCAAGAUCAGAGACAUGGAGACGGGCACAGUGCUGUUUGAGAUCACCAAGCCUCCGUCCUUAGACAAAGCUGGGGAGAAGAGGGACAUUGACCCAAACGCUGGCCGGUUUGUCCGCUACCAGUUCACCCCUGCUUUUCUCCGCCUGCGGCAAGUUGGAGCCACCGUUGAAUUCACAGUCGGAGACAUGCCGAUAGAAAACUUCAGGAUGAUUGAGAGACAUUAUUUCAGAGAGAAGUUGCUCAAGAGCUUUGACUUCGAGUUCGGCUUCUGCAUGCCCAGCAGCAAGAACACCUGUGAGCACAUCUACGAAUUCCCGCCUCUGUCUGAGGACAUUAUCAGAGAAAUGGUCCUGCACCCAUACGAGACGCAGUCCGACAGCUUCUACUUUGUGGACAAUAAGCUGGUGAUGCACAACAAGGCGGAUUACUCCUACAAUGGUGGAACGUAAAGACAAGAGACCAUCAGGAGAGACAGGUGGAUGUAUGGACUGGCCUGAGGGACGAUCAGAGCACACUGGUGUGUGGUGUUAGCAUCCUGUCAAUCCAGUAGUCUCUCUCUCUCUUUCUUCUUCUCU